AUGGACUACGCAGCGGCCGCGUCGGCUGUCUCGACGUCUCUGUCGGGCGGCGCAGCCUCCACAGUCGCUUUCCCCUCGCAGUUCCCCAACACGUUUCUCCACGACGGUUUCGCGCGCGCGUCGCCGCCUGCCUCUUCUGUCUCUUCUCUCUCGGUUUCUGCCUUGCCGCCGCCUGCCGGCUGCGUGCCUCAACAUCCUCUGGAGACUCAGCAGAGCGUCCAUUUGCGCGAGCGAGAGCGCACCGAGUUCCAGCACGCAGCUCGGCUGUACGGCCUGCAUGCGCCCUUGCGGCUGAAGAUGGAGAGAGAGCUGUGCGCGAUGAGUCAGCGGCUUCCCGGCCUGCCGUCUUCCCUCUGGGGCGUGCAGACUCUGAUGCGCCUCGACGAGGAAGUCGCCGCCGAGGACUUUCUGAAUCGCGAGAAACCCGACGAAGACGAACUCGCAGGUUUUGGUCCUGGCCUCGGCCUCCACGAGAAGAUCGAGAGGCGCAUGGGCAUCUAG